GGGAACGUUUUAACUGAACAAUGACCCGAUUCAUUUAUCUUCCAUUAAUUUCAAAGUUUCAACAUUUCAAAGUUCCAAAUAUUGUGAACAUGAAAAGUCGUGAUCAUGGACGAUGAUGACUUCGGCGCGGAUGCAGAGUUUCUUUCUGCUCUCGCCUCUUCUGCUCCUUCAAUAGGAAAUAAGUCGAGUCAAGCCAGAUCGCAACCGACAACCCGCAUUCAGCAACCUAUUCCCCAGAAAAUCCAACAGCCAACUCCUCAAAGAAUACAACAACCGACGCCUCAAAGGAUACAACAACCCGCACCUCAACGAUUAGACAAACCACCGCCUUCAUCUUCUACCUCUACUUCCUCCGGACCGAAGAUCGUCCAGCCGACACCCCAAGCCCUUCCACAACGCUCUUCCGGUUCUUCAAUUCUAGUAUCACCACGCCAGAAGGGGAAUCCUGUAUUAGCCUCCCUACGAUCGGUGCCAUGGGAAUACAGUGACAUCCCAGCAGAUUACGGUUUGGGUUUGACAACAUGUGCUUUGUUUCUGAGCCUCAAAUAUCAUAGGCUGCAUCCCGAGUACAUUUAUACUCGAAUUCGCAACUUACAAGGGAAAUUCAAUUUACGCAUCCUCUUAACUAUGGUUGACAUACCUAACCACGAAGACUCACUGCGCGAACUUUCGAAGACCUCGCUAAUUAAUAAUGUGACAAUUAUCCUAUGCUGGUCUGCUGCCGAAGCGGCCAGAUACCUCGAAUUAUACAAAUCCUACGAGCACUCAAACUUUAGUGCUAUAAAGGGACAGCAAGCUACGAGCUAUGCUGAGAAGCUCGUGGAAUUCGUCACAGUGCCGAGAGGAAUCAAUAAAGCCGAUGCAAUCUCUCUUGUUAGUGCGUUUGGUAGCUUGAAAAACGCGAUCAACGCCGACCCGGAGCAAGUUGCCAUCAUUGGCGGCUGGGGAGAGAAGAAAGUUAAGAGAUGGUGCAGCGUCGUCGAAGAACCGUUUCGAGUUCAACAUGCCGCAAAGAGACGCAUCGUAGAGCACGAGGAUAGCAAUAAUGCUGCUGACAAGGCCGUCCCGCUAAGUCGAGUACCACUUAGAGACAUGCCGAGUAUAUCGGCAAGUCGGUCCCGAGACAGCGCAACUCCUCAAUCAGAGCAAAGACCAUCUACGUCAACGAAGCCGAAGGAGGAUCGUCGAAGUGGAGAUGCUCCGAUUGAUGAAUAUGACGAAGAAGCGAUGCUGGCGGCAGCAAUUGAGGAGUCGAAGAAGACAAUGACUCAAGAGCAACCAUCUAGCUCGACUUCUAAAGCUCGGGAGGAAGAGAAAUUAAGCGACGGAAUCGCAGCUGCGUUAGCUAGGCUCCGGGAUAAGGGAUAGAGAAGAAGGAUGAUGAUACCUGCCUAGUUCGGGCGGACUAGGCGGAACACUCGGUGCAUCCCGGGUAUAGGUUACGUUUUUCUCAUUUGAAUGUACGACAUCGAAGCUCUACCAGGGGAAAUUCUUCUCGCCUACCGGACGGCGGUCAACAUGGCGUUGAUGACCGGAAAUCAAAGUAAGGAGCAAUUGGCUCACGAUGCAUGUUCCCGUAUGAUCAAGCACAGGCCACAUAUCUCCGGCGCCACCAAUUAUUGUGAAUUCCUUGGGCCG